GCGCCCGGCAGAGCCCGCGGGUUGUGCUGAGGGAGCUCGCGGGCCCGCACCGCCCCGAGCGCCCGGACUGCGCGGCGGCGGCGCAGACACAGUGGCCGCGGCCCGCGGUCCCCGAGGAGCUUCUGACUCGGUGUUGGCGUCCACGCCGCCGGCCCAGCGCCGCGACAGGUGCCGCGCGGGUUCUCCGGGGACCGCGCUGCCGCCGCGGGCAACUCCCGCCCGUCCGUCCCGCGACCCCCAGCGCGGCCGCCGCGCGCCGUCGGGGGAGCCUCCGCCCGGGCCGCGGCGCAGCGGAUGCCCGUCGGGUGAGCGCGGCGCCCCGCCCGCCAUGGCCGCGCGCCCCGGGCCGCUGUGGCUGCUGGGGCUGGCGCUGUGCGCGCUGAGCGGCGGCGGCCCCGGCCCGCGCCCCCCGCCCGGCGGCCCGCCCCGCCGCCUGGGCCCGCGCGAGCGCCGCGACCUACAGCGCGAGAUCCUGGCGGUGCUCGGGCUGCCCGGUCGCCCCCGGCCCCGCGCGCCGCCCGCCGCCGCCCGGCUGCCCGCGUCCGCGCCGCUCUUCAUGCUGGACCUCUACCACGCCAUGGCCGGCGACGACGACGAGGACGGCGGCCCCCGCGAGCGGCGCCUGGGCCGCGCCGACCUGGUCAUGAGCUUCGUCAACGUGGUGGAGCUCGACCGCUCCCUGGGCCACCCGGAGCCCCACUGGAAGGAGUUCCACUUCGACCUGACCCAGAUCCCGGCGGGGGAGGCGCUUACGGCGGCCGAGUUCCGGAUCUACAAGCUGCCCAGCGCCCACCUGCUCAACAGGACCCUCCACAUCAGCCUGUUCGAGGUGGUCAGAGAGCGGGCCAACAGGGAGUCUGACUUGUUCUUUUUGGAUCUUCAGACGCUCCGAGCUGAGGACGAGGGCUGGCUGGUGCUGGACGUGACAGCAGCCAGUGACCACUGGUUGCUGAACCGCAGCAAGGACCUGGGACUGCGCCUCUACCUGGAGACAGAGGACGGGCGCAGCGCGGACCCGGGCCUGGCCGGGCUGCGGGGGCGCCGGGCCCCGCGCUCCAAACAGCCGUUCAUGGUCACGUUCUUCAGGGCGGGCCCCGGCCCCGGCCCCAUCCGGGCGCCCCGGGCGGUGCGGCCCCUGAGGCGGCUGCUGAAGAAGACCAACGAGCUGCCGCAGCCCCACCGGCUCCCGGGCGUCUUCGACGGCGCCCACGGCUCCCACGGGCGGCAGGUGUGCCGGCGGCACGAGCUCUACGUCAGCUUCCAGGACCUGGGCUGGCUGGACUGGGUCAUCGCCCCCCAAGGCUACUCGGCCUAUUACUGUGAGGGGGAGUGCUCCUUCCCGCUGGACUCCUGCAUGAACGCCACCAACCACGCCAUCGUGCAGUCCCUGGUGCACCUGAUGAAGCCGGACGCCGUGCCCAAGGCGUGCUGCGCGCCCACCAAGCUGAGCGCCACCUCCGUGCUCUACUACGACAGCAGCAACAACGUCAUCCUGCGCAAGCACCGCAACAUGGUGGUCAAGGCCUGCGGCUGCCACUGAGGCCGGCGGCCGCUGCAGCGCCUCCCGCCGGGUCAGCCCCGCCCCAGAGGCUGAGACCCUCCAAAGCUGCCAUAGCUCUGGAGAGGGCAAAGAGAGGGCUCUCCUAUCCAGCCAGGGCCUUCCGGGGAUCUGUGGUUUGUCCCACCGCCCCCCCCCCGUAGGGACGGAUGCACAUAGCAGCCACGGCGUCGGUGCAGGAGGCCUCACUUAGGACUGUCCUUGGCCUUCAUGGCCCACGCUGUGGGCGACCCAGGCCAGUCUGAGCGGAUGACUAGCUGGUUGGGCCAGGGUUCCGGGGUAGGAGCAGGGGUUGCCUCUACCCAGGAAAACAUGGGCAUUCCCAGGGCCUAGUUAGACACGUGCAAGGCCUCAGUAGUGAGCACAGAAGAACCACAAGCCGGAUGGGCUCAUGCCCUGGGCCUGCCCUCCCUGGAGAGGUGUGACUCCCAGAGGAGCAAGAAAUCUCAGGGGCUUCCAGUUCCCGCACUGCCCCCGCAUGGGGCUCAGCCCUGGGCAAAGUAAGGAACUCUCAGCAGAAGCAAGGACAGACGGCCGGAGUCUCAGCAGACUCGCAGCGCGGACCUCACCGCUGCCUGGCCUCCCGCCCGUGGCCCUCAGUGAGCACCCGGGUUCUUUCCCCGCUGGACGUGGAGAGGGUCUCAGAAACCUCAGCACAAACCUUUCGGAGCUGAAACGAACAGGUUUCCGCCCCUCCUGUGCUAAGGAGCAAUGCAUCCCGGGAGCAGAGGGCCCAGGCCACCUCUGGAGGCAUGGGGCAGGGGUGGCACUGUCGGAGUCUGCCGGAGUCUAGAAGGUAGGAACAGCCCGGCCACCUGUGUCCUGUGUCUCGGGGCCUGUGAGCCAGAGAAGAGGCCCCUGUCCCCCGGGGGAGUGACAGGCAGUCAUUAGGGGGAGCUGGGUGGGAAGGUUCCCGGAAACCACUGUUCUCCCUGGAGCAGCCGAGGCGGUGGGAGUGUUUAUUUGAUUUCGGACUUGCUCACCCUGUAAUUUACCUGCUGGAGCAGACAGUCCAGCUGCCUGAACCCUGAAAUACCGUGUGGUUAAUAGCAGAUCCUGGGCCCACCCCAACCCACAGGCGCAGCCCACAGAGGCAGCAAGACCCGUGUGCCCAAGGACGCACGUCCCUGGAGUCCACUCUGCCCCCUGAGGGCGGCUCUGGGAGAGCCGGUCUGGGCCAGGGUGGAGGCUGGGCCAGGCGGCAGGACUGGGCGUUACUCUGAGAGUGAGAGCCGAGGAAGAGGCCCUCCCCGUGUACACAGAUGGGCCCAGGCUGUCUGCAGGGCAGGGAGCGCCCCACUCGCCGGGGCUUUGAGCUCAGGCUGGCAGGGAUCGGCCAGGCAUUGGCGGGAAUGUCAGGAGAUCCGUAUUCUGGUUCCAACCCAGCCAGCCACUGACCCGCUUACAGUCUGAACCAGCCCCCGUCCCGGUUCAGGCUUGUUUCCCCUCCGGGACGGGAGCCCACAGGACUCUCAUCGCCAGAGGCCUUGGGAGGACGAGCCUGCCACCCUCCCCUCGUCUCAGAGCCAGGUGCCCAGAGGCCUGGACCCACUGAGCACCGCCCUCCUUUCAGCGCCAGGGCGGGGGUGGGGGGGCGCCUGGACACUGCCAACAGGUGCCAGUGUCUGCUCUCUGCCGCGCCUCAGACCACUCGGCACAGCUCAGGGUGCCAGGAGUGCGUGAAAUGAACAUUUUAAAGAUGCAGCCUGCCUUGCCCAGCGGGACAGGAAUGAGACACGAAUCCCUUCCUGCCCACACCAUCCAAUGGAAAAGGCCUGGGGGAAGGGAGACGUUACAGACACAAAGCUGGAGGGGGCAGCGCUGUUACCAAGGCCACUUUGUCUGGUUGCCUAGCAGCCAGUCUGGCUGGUUGCCUGGCAGCCAGGUUACAUAGGAGGCUGCACGUCAGAAGCAUGAAUGAGGGCGCCUCUGGCCCACUGGCAGCCAAGUAAACACUGGCCCCGAGGAUGGGGACAGGCGAGUGGGCCACUCCGGGGGGGGGGGGGGGGGGAGCUGCUGUUCUCGGCACCCCUCGCAAUCGGACAGCCCUGGCCGAGGCCAGCUUAUCAGGCACAGCUCUUGUCUUUCAUGUGUGUGGGGAAGUGGGUAAUGUGCCCCGAGAAAUUCCCUACAAUUUCACAGGAAAGGAGGCCAUAACCGGGAGACCGCAGGGCUGUAGCCAGGAGACCUGGCACCAAACCCCGGCUCGGCCUCGUUAAUCUGAGUCCCGUAACCUGCGUUAGCGGUCCUCCCCGGGGGAAAGGGGAUGGGACCAGGUCUGUUCACAGCACUUGGCACAUCUGAACACGUGUGUGCAGGGAGUAGCAUCUGUGAGUGCUCUCACUUCCAAAUCCUUUGCAAAGGUGGCCUCCACGUGUGCCUACUCACACUCUCCCGAGUCUCAGGGCCACACCCGGACACCUGGAGUGCUGCUGUCUUCCCUUCAAAGCUGUGCUCGCCCCAGAACCCCGAGCUCGGUGAACUGUGCUUGUCUUAAGCCGGGUGGGAGGGCGGCUGCAUCUCCCUGCCUGCGCAGGAGCCCUGGCCAGCAGUGCCCACCCGCGGCCUCGUGGGAAGUGGAAGGGAACACUGUGGGUUUCUCUUCCUGGGAGCCCUGAGCAGCCAUUUGACUCUCUGCUAAGUUUUCCCUCACUUCAGAAAAUACUAAUUCCAUGUAUGCUGAGGAAACUUUUGAAAAGAAAAAUUGAUAUGAACACACAUAACCCCACCACAGAGAAAACGAUUAUUAAUGAUUCAUCCAGCCUUUUUUAUUGGCACAUGUAUGUCUUUAUUCAUGAGACACAGGUAUUUUACAAAGUAAGGAUCAUAUUCUAUGCACUGCUUGGUGAUCUGACUUAUUGAAUUUAUGAUAUAUUCUGAAAUUAUUAAAUAUUCUUUGAAAAC